UUUAGAGUUAUUUCUCUCCAUACUAUUGGUUUGUUACCUUUUUCUGGAUGGCAAAUCGAACAGUAAAAGAUGCAGUUACCGUAAAAGGGACAAAUCCGCAAUAUUUAGUGGAAAAAAUCAUCCGCACACGAAUUUAUGAUUCGAAAUACUGGAAGGAAGAAUGUUUUGCGUUGACUGCGGAGCUUUUGGUAGACAGAGGAAUGGAGUUACGAUAUAUCGGUGGGAUCUAUGCAGGAAACGUGAAACCAACACCUUUUUUAUGCCUGUGUUUGAAAAUGUUGCAAAUUCAACCGGAGAAAGAUAUCGCUGUUGAGUUUAUUCGGCAGGAAGAAUACAAGUACAUUCGCGCUUUGGGAGCGAUGUACAUUCGGCUUACGUUCACUUCUAUCGAAGUUUACAAAUAUUUGGAACCCUUGUACAACGAUUACCGAAAAUUGCGAAUAAUGAACAAUGAUGGAAGAUUUGAAAUUGUCCAUAUGGAUGAAUUUAUCGACAGUUUAUUGCGUGAAGAACGAUACUGUGACAUUCAUUUACCGAGGAUACAGAAACGAAUUACUUUGGAGGAAAUUGGUGAGUUGCAACUAUACGUUAGUGCACUCGAUGAAGAUCUCGACAAGUUGUCAUCAUCAGAUUCCGAAGACGACGACAACAGAAUUCAUAAAAGAAAAGAGCGUUCAAAGGGCAUGCCUCGUCGGCGUAGUUAUUCAAGAGAACGUGAACGUGACGUGGAUCGAGGUAGGGAUAGAGACAGAGAGAGAGAACGAGAGCGAGAGAGAGAGCGUGACAAUGAUCGUGAUAAGGACAGAAACAGAGACCGUGAUCGACGUCAUCGCUCACCAGAGUAUCGUGAUCGAGAAAGAAACAGUCGGAAAGACAAAGAACGUGAGAAGGAUCGAGAACGGUGAUGUGAGGACAAUAUUAUUUCGGAAAUAUUAUUUUUCUGUACUUUUAUGCUAUGCAACAUAGACUACAAGUCUGUGAUUGUUUCCAACAUUUAUGCGGACAAAUAAGCACAUAUCAAAUUUUUCGCAUCUUGAUAUGGAAUUGAAUUCAAGGAACAGAGUCUGUUUCAUUUCGAGUUAUUGCUGCAUCCAAUACAAUAAAUUCAUUCAAAGUUAAAUGUUUCUUAAAUAACAAAAGCGGCAAAUAAAGACAUGUCAAAUAAAUGAUAAAAAUUGUCUAGAAACUCAUUUGCUCUGUCCC